CGGUCUCAGUGUGUGUGUGUGUGUGCGUCGCUACGCUCAGUCCGCGGUGCAGAGAGAGGCUCAGAGCGGCUCUGAUGGAACGCGGGAGGAAAGGCGCACACGCACCUCUCUCUCAGUGCAUGCGACGCCACGGGAGCGAGUCCACCACGACGUAGCGCGCUAGGAUUUUCGCGCGUGUUUUUUUUUGUUUUGGUUCCUUUUUUCCCUCUCUCUCACUCUCUCUCUCCCCCCUCCCCUGUUUGGUGGCCGAGAUUCGAGACCUCGCUCUUGUUUUUGCCUCCUCGAUCUGGGGGGGCUGUGAGGAGGAGUGCAGCCCACCGCUCGAGGGCGACCCCGCUCUCCCUGUCUGUUGGACUGCGUUUUCCCCCCCACACACACACACAUAUGCAGACACGCACACACACGCGCGGAUCGUGAGGGACACGACGGAGACUUUUCGCGGGAGCGACAUUGGAGCUCCGCGUAAAAUGCCGCUCACCUGUCUCCGUGGCGCCCUGGCGUGGAUCUGAGCCCCCCUCCGUGUUCGUGUGGAGAUCUCCUCUCCUCCUCACCUUCCUUCUCCUCCUCAAGUCAGUGCGGGCCUCGACAGUUUUUCCGAUCAAUGUGAGGAUUUGUGUUGCUUUUUUUUUUUCGUAUGUGUUGCGCUAGAUUUGCUCUAUUUCGUGCACUCGGGUUUUGGAUAUCGUUUGGAGGUGCACCGCGGAAGGAUGCUGUGACCCCCCCCAGGCGAGAUGUGAUCUGGAUUAGACUGUGUUUUUUUUCCUUUGGAGAUUCGCCGGACUUAUGCGCCGCCGCCACCCGGGAUCUGAUUUAUUUUGAAACGAGUCGUCUUGGUGUCGUCUUGGGUUUUUUGUGGAGCGAAAUCUGGGUUCUUGGUGAUGGUCUGACCGCGAUGGUCUGGGUCUGAGUAGACCCCCCCCACCCCCCACAGCUCUUACAUACUUGUGAAACACCUUGUGGGGGACUGUUAAAAGAUGAAAGCCCCCAACCUUCCUCUCAUCCUCCUGUACGCUGUUCUUGUGCGUUGCCUCAAGGUGGUCUCAAAAAGGGGUUCAGUGGACGGCUGCACCGAUUGGUCGGUGGACUACCUGAAGUACAAGGUGCUGCUGGGGGAGCCCGUGAGGAUCAAGUGCGCCCUGUUCUAUGGCUACAUCCGCGCCAACUACACCCACGCCCAGGGCGCCGGGCUCAGCCUCAUGUGGUACAAGAGCUCCGGCCACGGGGACUUCGAGGAGCCAAUCAGCUUCGACGGAACGCGCACCAGCAAGGAGGAGGACGCCAUCUGGUUCCGGCCGGCGGAGCUCGAGGACCAAGGACACUACUCCUGUGUUCUCAGGAACUCCACGUACUGCAUGAAGGUGUCCAUGUCGCUGACGGUGUCGGAGAACGACACCGACCUCUGCUACAACUCCCUGAUGAGGUUCUCCGAGAAGGCGGAGCUCAGCAAGAACAAGGAGAUCACCUGCCCAGGGAUAGAUGAUUACAUACAGCCCGGGGUGGAGCCCGAGAUCACCUGGUACAAGGAGUGCAAGCCGAAGCAAUGGCGGCCGACCGUGCUCCGAACCCGAGACACGCUGUCCAUCCAGGAAGUCCUGGAGGAUGACAUCGGGAAUUACACGUGCGAGCUGCAGUUCGGGAGUUUCCUGGUGCGACGGACAACCGAAUUAUCGGUCACAGCUCCCCUGACGGAUAAGCCUCCGAAGAUCCUGUUUCCUUCCGAGAACCAAGUCAGCAUCAUGGAGAUGACGAUAGGAAGUCCAGUGAACCUGACGUGCCGCGCCUUCUUCGGCUACAGUGGAGACGUCAGCCCGCUCAUCUACUGGAUGAAGGGCGAGAAGUUCAUCGAGGACCUGGACGAGGAGCGCAUCCAGGAGAGUGACAUCAAGACGGUGCGGGAGCACCUGGGGGAGCAGGAGAUCUCCAUCUACCUGACCAUCGACUCCCUGGGGGAGGGCGACCUGGGGAACUACUCCUGCUACGUGGAGAACGGCAACGGGAGGAGGCAGGCCAACAUCCAGAUCAUCAGGAGAGCGGAGCUGGUGUACACCAUGGAGCUGGCGGGGGGUCUGGGGGCCAUCCUGCUGCUCCUCAUCGUGCUGGUGACCGUCUACAAGUGCUACCGCAUCGACCUCAUGCUGUUCUACAGGAACCACUUCGGCAGCGAGGACGUGGACGGAGAGAACAAGGACUACGACGCCUACCUGUCCUACACCAAGGUGGAGCCCGACCAGUGGAGCCAGGAGACCCGGGAGGAGGAGCGCUUUGCCCUGGAGAUCCUCCCUGACGUGCUCGAAAAGCAUUUUGGGUAUAAACUCUUCAUUCCAGACAGGGACUUGAUCCCACCGGAAGUAAGUUUCACCAACGAUCAUUUCCAGGAUGACACCAGACUACUUAGAGCCUACAUCGAGGACGUGGCGCGCUGCGUGGACCAGAGCAAGCGGCUGAUCAUCGUCAUGACGCCCAACUACGUGGUGCGCCGCGGCUGGAGCAUCUUUGAGCUGGAGACGCGCCUGCGCAACAUGCUAGCCAGCGGCGAGAUCAAGGUGAUCCUGAUCGAGUGCGCCGAGCUGCGCGGCAUCAUGAACUACCAGGAGGUGGAGGCCCUGAAGCACAGCAUCAAGACCCUCACCGUCAUCAAGUGGCGCGGCGCCGACGCCAGCAACCCCCUCGCCUCCAAGUUCUGGAAGCAGCUGCGCUUCGAGAUGCCGUACCGCCGCGCGGAGCCCGACCUGGGCGUGGCGCCGCACGAGCGGGCGCUAGACGUCAGCGAGCAGGGCCCCUUCGGCGAGCUGCAGACCGUGUCGGCCAUCUCCAUGGCGGCGGCCACCACGACCGCCAUGGCGACGGCGGGGCACCCCACCCUGCGCGCGUCGUUCCACAGCUCGCAGUGCCACGCGCAGGUGCGGCAGCAGAAACACUACUACCACCACGGCGGGUACGACUACGACCUGCCGCAGCACGGGGGCACGCUGCCGUCCCUGUCGUCGCUGCAGCAUCAGCAUCAGCAGGGCGGCGGCGGUGGCGGCGGCGGCGGCGGGCAGCAGCACACGUACUGCAACAUCCCCAUGACGCUGCUCAACGGCGGGCAGCAGCGGGGCGGGCACUCCGCCAGGUCGCCGCGGCAACGGAGCCUGGAGGAGGCGAUGGCGACGCAGCAUCCGGCCAACGCCAUGCUGCCGCUGUUGCCCCGGGAGACGAGCAUCUCCAGUGUUAUCUGGUGAUGGCCAGGCCGGUUAGAAAUGUUGGUGGAUUGGACGAACGCGAGUGCCGGUUGAGAAGGACCGUGGGCAGUUUGACCGGAAGACGGGAUCAGUUCUUUUGAACUGUUGGGGUUUUUGGAGGGAGUCGCGCGUUUCGGCGUUUGGCACUAGCUAGCUCGCCGCAGGACUGUCCACGUGCUGCUGCAGCUGGGUUUGCACCAAUUGGAACACAGAGGGGGAGUCGGAUCGGCUUGACAAUGGAGGCGAGGGAUUAUGGGAUGUGAGGGUCUUUUUUGCUGGCUUUUUUCUUUUCGGCUGUUUGCGUUCCUUUCGUCUGAAAAGAGCUUUCGAGGGAAUUAAACACUUGACAAUCGAGAGGAACUCUUCGUUUUUUUUACAUGCCUGACAGAAAAAAUAAAACGUACCUAACACAAAUGGACACCAACUCUUGAUUACCCAGAGACUCAAGGAAUACAGGGUUCUGUACAUAAGGUUUUCUAAUUCUUUGUAGCAUCUGUUUUUUUUUUUCUCUCGCUAUCUUGUAUUUUAUCAUGGUUUUUGGGAACCUUUUUUUUCUUUCUUUUAUAUAUCAUUUUGUUCUGGAUUUGUGCAAAAGUGAAGCAAUGGGCUGUGGUGUGUGUUAAAAUAUUGUUUCUUUAAUCCUAACUUGCUGUUGGCUCACAAAGUCAAUAAAGAGCGGGUUUCAAGUCGGACGGGGGUUGGGUCAAAAGAGAAACUACGAUAGUUUGAUUUAAAUUUGUUGUUUGUAUUUAAACUUCGUCUUCUCUCGGUCAGACGGGCCGUCGGGACUGAGUAAUAUAAUCUGGUACUCGCUCCACCAGGUAACUAGAUUAUGCAAAAAUACACUGAAGGAAAGGAAGACGCCCAAAAGAUAGUUUUAUAUUCCGUCUUAAAUGAUCACGUCAGCUGAACGCAAAUUACGAAGUUGUGGAGACAACACUUUAUCCGAGAUGAGAGAUUUGAGGAGAAAACACUGGUGCUCACAUUGUUCACACCACAAUCCAUUCCUGACGUUGUUUAAUGCUCUCUCUAUCACCCUCUCUCUCUCUCUCUCUCUCUCUCUCUCUCUCUCUCUAUCUCUUACACACACUGUCUCUCUGCCUCUGGAUGAUAUUUACUUUUUUAAGACAAAAAUACAGCCUUGCUAUUUACUUUAAAAGAAGAAUAUAUAUGUAUAUCACCUAAAACUAAAAUAAGUGGGUUAUUUUAUGAAAAAAAGGGGGUCUAUUUUUGUAACCGAGGAAUAUUUGCUUAGAAAAGAGAUAUAACCUAUAUAAAAGCGGUUUGGGAGAGGAAAGAACGAAACACGGAACCAUCGCCAAAAAAAAUGUCAAUCUCGAUAUACUGCGUGACUCAAAAUAAAGUAAUAAUCAAUAGACGGUCAUUCGCGAUACGUCUUAUCCGUACAGAUCAGUAAAAACGCCGUAAUAAACCGCAACUUCAACAUGCGUCACUCAACCAAGUAUGCAACUCAGUACUUUUUUUUUUCCGAUCAACCCUACCGAUGUCUGUUUACGAUCGCGUUUUGUUUGUUUUCGGUGCAGGGCGGUCUCUGGACGGUAGAUACGCGAGUCAAGACACUCGUGUCAUGCGUCGCUUUGUUUUCGGUACGCAAUAAUGCGUAGCAGCAAAGACAUCGCGGAGAAUGCUCUCGCUGCGCACGCUCGAUCCAAAGCCUGUGAGCGAGAUGGGGCGAGUGUGCCCGAACUUCAACACGAAGGACCAAAUAAAGCUAGCAGACAGGGCUAACAGCACUACCCGCGUUUUUUUGUCUGCAACACAUCUGCGACAACUUAUAAUGAGAAACAAUAGUCUCGUUGAAUAGGGCUUUCAGGUCUACAUUUUGUUUUCCGCUACGGGCUCAUUCACACUUAAUCUGGCGCUUGCGGAGAUUAGCGCAGACUGCUGCGGCGAUGUGGGAGGAGUCACUUCCUGCCCUGUUUGUGACGUCAUGUUGUGAACUUUAACCCCUCCUCCCUCAUGGCGGGGCUGAACCGCCCUGGAAAGGGCAAACACAGCGGCGGUCGGUUUCUCUUACGUCUUCACAGCCGCUCGUUAAACAGCAGGAUGCUACGAUGCUAAGGCUACACGGUAAACACAACGUUCUUCCUCCCCUGGGAGUCUUCCGGUUUGAGUGCUGGCUUAUGUGAUUUGCUGCCGCAGCGUGACGUCGGGUUGCGUCUCUCAAAAAGUUUAAUCGGAUUCAAUUUUUCUCCUCGCUCAAACGCAAGACCCCCAUUUCCGAACAGGCGUUUUCGCCGCAACACCUGAUUCCGUGUGAUAGGGCCUAGGGCUACGAGUUGCUGCUAGAUUGUCUCGCUUUGCCGACUAACACCACUGCACACAUAGAGUUGCUUUAUUCCGAUCGUUUUGACAGUUGGUUUUUGGACGAUUUUAGAAUUAUUAAAAAAUGUGUGUCAAUUGUUUCUCAAAUAAACAUCGGAGAAAAUCGUGCGUAAAAAAAUAUUAAUAUUCCCGAGAAGAUAGUCACUGGUAUUUUUCUCUUUUUUUGACCAAAAACAUCAGGAAUAAACAAAUUAUUUUAACUGUAGUCGAGAAAGAAAUAACCAUAAUACGAGAAGACGUGUGCGAUCCCGUGAAAACGAACAGAAUGUAUAAAAAGAAAUGGGCCAAUGAGAAAAGACAUUUUGUAAGCGUACAAAAGGAGAUCACUAGCGAGGUACACCAAAGCAAAGAGGAUGGGCUGGAUUGCUUUAGAGAACUCUUCAGCCUCGAUUAGAAGGCCUAUUCAUCUGGGUUUAGCCUAGCCACUAUGAUGUCAUUUAAUAUAUUAAUGUUUCCGGGGUUUUCUCCCUUACAUAUCGAUUAAAAUCGGUGCCAUUUCUUGAUUUUUACAAGAUUCAUUUAAAAAUAACCAAUCUUUGAAUCGUGCACUAUUCAACAUCUAUUAAGGGUAUUUCUUUUUUUUUUUGGUGUGAGAUAUGCAACCAUCCCUGAGAACAGAAACAUAAAUUAAAUGUUAUGUUUUCACAAGAUUGUUUUUUUUUCCUUUCUCUGUCCUACUCAUCAGAGCUUAACAAGAAUAAUUUGCCUGAAAGAAGAACAGAUUCAUAUUUUUCUACACUUAAGCCCAGUCACAGAGUAUGAGGUCUGGGGAAAAAAAUAUGUCUUUGCCCUGAAAGGGGUUUUAAAAGCAUAGCAGAUAUUUUGAUAUUGGUUCACUCUCUAAACAAAAGCAUCGAAACAAUCGUAGAUCGAAACAAUCUAGUUCCACAAAUCAGUUUUUUUCUCUUAU